AUGAACCUCCACCUAUUUUUCUGUAUUACUGUCGACCCGUCGAACAAGCAGCAGGUGCACGAUGUCGUAACAGAGAAAUCUGCACAAGCUGCAUCAGAAAUUAAGCCCGUAAUGCAGCCAGCCUAUAUUAGCAAUUUCAUUAGCAGAUCGAAGGUUUCAUUCACGAGGAAAAACUCGGUGGACAGCCUAGAAAAGAAACCGAGCGAACCUUGGUGGACGCAUCAUGCGCAUCCGCAGCAGCCGAAAGGAUCUCUGAAGCAACAGAUUGCGUCGCAAACAUUUUCUCCCCGAGACGAGCGAGAUGAAAAUACAAAGCUGCCUCUCGAAAUGGACGCGGUCAAGAUUACAACAAUUAUAGAGACCAUGCGACGAAGAGUACAAAGAAGCGCUCGAACAGCAGAGGGAACGAAAGGUUCCAUCCAGGAGAUAAUCGCGAGGAAACGUUCGAGACGUUCGUUACGCGAGUCGGGAAAUGAUCGGGCGAUGGCGACUAAAAAUUUGCGAAGAGUUCAACAGGGAAAACUCCUCCCAACCACAAAACGCGCAACCAACACGCGUAAUCUCCAGGCAACGGGCGACACCUCCGUACCGAGCACUGUGUUUUACAAACGCAUCUGGGAAUACAUCAACGGUACACGUCCCCACUCCGACAUUAUCAGCAGCUGCAGUGCCUUGGGAAAUAAUUCCAACAAAACGGACAACUCCACGUGCGUCGAUAAAGAUCCCGCUGUUUCGCAGUCGCAGAAAGGUGAGCUUCGAUCGGUAGCUUCUACCGUGAAACCGGAGCGAGAACUAUACGAGCAUAUCUGGGACAUCAUCAACGCGACGUCGGGGAAUCACCAAGUGAAGUACGGUAACGCGAAGGCUCGUUCCAAACGAGACACGAGUAUCCCGAUAGGUAAGACUUUCAAGGCGGCUUCCGGCCGCUCGUGCGUGCAAGAAGAGGAAGCCGAUCGCGAAGGAGACGAGCAAGCGCGAACGACGGACGAAGGAGCGAACGAAGAAGCUUACACGAUACAGCCACGAGAGAUAUCCGCUUCCGACCCUUACAUAUCUGGAUUUUGGGCGCUGGUGAAUCAACAAUGGCAGCCGAAAACUGCGAUUUCGGAUGCAGUGGAAGAAUCGGAAUUGAGCGAUCCGAUCGUGUCGUCGCGAGCGAACGCUGCGAGCGAAGCGACCGAGGUGGCCGAUCUGAACCGACCGUCAGCUCAGAGCGACAUCGACGACUCGUCCGAGGACACUUUGACGACGACGGGAGACGCGGGCGAGGAAACCCGAAGAGACAAGCCGGAUCUCACGGAGCCUGGACCGCCGUAUCCUCCUGGCCGCGAAAAUUCCAACAGUUCGUCACUUUCGCCAGCCGACACGGUCGAUAAAGCUUCGCAAAAGGAUGAUCGAGCGGAAUACGCGGAACACGAUGAGAAGGCCGGCCCGUUGUACGACCCUGCUAACAUACCUUACGUCGAGGUGCCGGAUUACUCUGAUCAGCGGGAUGAUACUUUGGACAAGGGCAAUCGUAGCGCGAGCGAAGUCCAAUACAAGGAGGAGUACGAUGAUGGCGAUUACGCCGGUCACGGGAGCUCUUAUCGCGCGGAUGAUUCCUCCUCCAAGUCCCCGAACGCCGAGUUUCCAUCACUUCCGGCUACUCAGGCCGGAAAUGACGGGUUGGAAAGCUCGUCAAACACGAACGUCUCGCGCUGCGCAGAAAAUCAGAAUUCCACGGAAUGCGCCGAUAAGCGAGACGCACGCGAUCACUCGGAUGAUGAUAUAAGCAGCGACGCUUAUCGCGCCCCGGAAGCUUCCGCGGGAUCGGCGCGCUCCGCGCAGCGCGAAGACUCCGUCGAGGAUUUCGCGCCGAUCACUUUCGACAUCAACGACUACAACAAGCCGUUCGACCUGGACGCUUUUCUCAAGAACGAGCCUAUUUUCGAGCGUGUGCACGGUGCCGCCAGCGAGGCGGAGAUGAGACACGAAGAUGAUGAGAAAGGUGCAGAUCACGAUGACGUCGAUACGAAAGAAAGCGAAAAAAGCGAUCGCGAUGACGAAUCGGAGGAAAUCGAAAAAAGCGAUCGCGAUGACGAGACCGAUGAUUACACCACGUCUCCGAAAGGAGGAUGGUACGGUUACUUCGUGAAAAACGCAGACUUCCACAAUGACGCAAAUGCCGCUUCGCACGAUGACGACGAGGCGGAAAAAAAGUAUCGCGAUCCUCACGCGGAGAAGGAAGGGAAAAGCAGCGAGACGAUCGGCAACAGGGCUCACGGUCCUCCCGACGAUCGAGAUUUUCUAAAGCAUAUUUUUGAAAAGGACAACGACGACGAAGAGUCCCGGCCCGACGUGGUCAACACGGAGGACGAAUUCUUGUCCCGUUAUUUUACAGAGGAUGUACUGCGCCAGCUGCGGGAGAACACGACGGCCGCGGAAGAUAGGAAACGGGAGGAGUCGAGGAACAGGGAGGACGUUCACGAAACGUUGUCGAGAAUCUUGGAUAAGAAGGAUCGUUUUUCCAGAUUAGAUGAGGACCUGGACAAAAAAAUCAAAGAAGGCGAGGCGGUGCCGAUCAGAUACAACAAUUUCUGGAGCCUGGAAUACGAAUCGCCUCGUAGAAAAGAUAAUUCAGUAGAGGCAGAGAAGGAGGAGGAGGAGGAAGAGGAGGAAGCUUAA